AUGGCCAACUUUAGUCUUCACUGCUUAUUAGUUUUCUUGUUUUUCCAUUGUAUUUUUGUCAAUGUUACUCAGUCUGUCACGUCCCAAAAUCCCGCUACCACAAACUUUAUCAAAAUCUCAUGCAAAAAUACUUUAUACCCUACGGUAUGUAUCCAAUCUCUCUCUGCCUACGCAAACACCAUUCAACUAAACGAGCAACAACUCGCUCAAGCAGCAUUAUCCAUUAGUUUAAAAAAGGCCAUACUCGCUGCGGAUUUUAUUACCAAAAUUACAAAAAUAAGGGGAUUAAAGCCAAGAGAAUUUGGAGCUGCAAAAGAUUGUUCAUCCACCAUGAAUGAUAGUGUUUAUCAACUUAAUCGAUCGAUACCCGAGCUUGGCCAAAGCGGACAAUUAUCAGCAGGACAAGAGUUUACUUGGCAUGUUAGUAAUGUACAAACAUGGAUUAGUGCUGCACUUACUGAUGAAAAUGCUUGUCUUGAUAUGUUUAAUAAUCCUUCUAUGGAUGCAAAAAUCAAGGCUUUGGUUAGGUCUAGAGUCUUUGCUGCUGCACAAGUUACUAGUAAUGCACUUGCUUUGGUUUAUCACUUUGCAGAGAGACACUAA